AAAGCCUAUUGAUGUCAUGUUCGUAGGAGGGAAAAACUUUUCGAGUUACAACGUUUGCACAAAAAUAUAGGUGCGUUAUUAUGGCAAAUACCAGAAAAGGAUCGGAGAAAAACAAAACAUUGUCCGACAAAAGUUAUGAUACUGCUGGAUCAAGUGAUCAAACGUUGGCAGCCAUUAGGUCUGACUUACGGGAAAUUAAAGAAAACUUACAAAAAACAGUGAAAACAUGUGAUCUUGAAUCCAUGGUAACAAAUAUUGUAACAGGUCUCCUUAAAAGUUAUGAGAAAGAGGCAGAAAAACGUGAAACACAGUUAAAACAAAAAAUAGACAGGCUUACAACGGACAUUGAUAAACUAACAAUGGAAAACGAAACCCUACGGGAAAAAAUUUGUGAGGCAAAUAAAAAUAACAGGGAUCUACAAAAAGAAAUGAAUGAGGGCCGUGAUUUCGCGACAUUUUCCACAGUGAAAUCGAAUUACAAUGAACAGUACAGUCGAAAAAAUAACAUCAAAAUAUAUGGCAUCCCAGAAACAAAACGAGAUAACAUCGUAGAGAUAGUAAAAUCUACAUUGAAAAAGAAGGGGUGUGUGGAAGUUGACCAUCGAGACAUUGAAGCGGUGCACCGCAUUCCAGGAUCCAGACCAAACGCACCAAGACCAAUCCUAAUGAAGAUGAGAAACAACGACAAAAAGGCGAACAUAAUGCGUUACAGAUCUGCUGUGAAGGAUUCGCCGGUUAAUGUUCGUCUUGGGGACGACGUCACCAAGGAGAACAGAGAAUUGAUUGUUCGCCUUUUAGACCAUGAGAGCAUAACAUCUGCUUGGUACUUUAAUGGCUCUGUUUAUGGUAACAUAAAAGGAAAGCGAGUGAAGUUCGAUAUACUCGAUGACAUUGACUUCAAAGUGAAAAAAAUCCGGGAAUAAAAAUUCCAUCCGCUAUUAAUUUAGACUUUAGUGUUGAUUUAUUGUACUUCCGGUGUCAUAACGAAACGAAAAAUUAUUUUGGACAUCUGCCAUCCAAACAAAGUGACUCUCACGUCUCACAGCUUGAUUUUUCAGUUAGAUUUUGUUUUUAUUGACAACUGAUAAUCUUAAUUUAACUGUAAUAGCGAGCGAAGCUCGCGUCGCGAAGCGACGCGACGAGCUCGCUCCAAUGAUUACACAUAUGAGUCACGUGAUUUGCUCUUCUUCAGCUGAAAAAAGAUGAGUAUUACCCAUAAUGCUUCUGGAAAAAUGUCGCCGUCACUGCGGUAUACUUCAUUGACAAACCCGUAAUUAAAAUAAUUAGAUUGUUUAGAGAGUACCAUAAAUCUUUUUAAAUUCCAGACAAGCUUUCUCAUAGCUUCAAACAUUUUGUUUUUGCUUGGUUUGAGAGAAGA